GGUAUCUGCCCGGCUGCCCUUGCCGCGGGAGGCGGGCGGCACGCCGGCUAUAUAAGCGGUGGGACAUCGGCAGCCGCCGCAGCCCCGAGCCCGUCGCCAGCAUGCGCCUUCUCCUGCUGCUCUGCGCGGCCGUCGGCCUCGCCGAGUGCCUCACCAGCGUUUCCUUGGAAAGAGGGAAGAGUCUGCGACAAAUCCUCAGGGAGAAAGGGCUGCUGUCGCACUUUUUCCAGAAGCACCGGUACGACAUCGGCGCCAAAUUCCCCCACGCUUUUCCCAAUGGGAUCGACGUGGCCACCGAGCCCAUGCUGAACACCCUGGACACGGAGUACUACGGGACCAUCUCCAUCGGCACCCCGCCGCAGGAGUUCACCGUGGUGUUCGACACCGGCUCCGCCAACCUCUGGGUCCCUUCGGUCUACUGCAGAAGCGCCGCUUGCAUGAACCACAAGAAGUUUAACCCAGCGAAGUCCAACACCUUCCUGAGCUUAAGCGAGACCCUGUCCAUCCAGUAUGGCACCGGCAGCAUGAAGGGCGUCGUGGGCUCCGACGUCGUCACCGUGGCCUCCCUGGAGGACACCAACCAGGUCUUCGGCUUGAGCACCACCGAGCCAGGCGAAUUCUUCAUCUACGUCAAAUUUGAUGGGAUCCUGGGCUUGGGCUACCCGAGUCUGUCCGUCGACGGGAUCACGCCAGUGUUCGAUAACAUGGUGGACGAGGGCUUGGUGGAGGAGAACCUCUUCUCCGUCUAUCUGUCCCGCGAGAGGAAGGGGAGCCUGGUCUUCUUCGGUGGAGUCGAUAAAUCCUACUUCACCGGCUCCAUCCACUGGAUCCCUGUCUCCUACGAAGGUUACUGGCAGAUCUCCAUGGACAGAGUCAUCGUGGAUGGCAAGGAGGUCGCAUGCCACGGUGGCUGCCAAGCCAUUGUCGACACCGGCACGUCCCUCGUGGCUGGGCCGUACUCAGGCAUUAGCAACAUCCAGAGAGCGAUCGGGGCCAGCCUGGGCGCCUACGAUGAGUACGAAGUGAACUGUGACUACGUUAGUGCCAUGCCCGAGGUCAUCUUUGUCAUCGAUGGGGUUCGGUACCCCGUGUCUGCCUCGGCUUACACGGAGAAGAUUGGCGACGGAAAAUGCUCCACUGGCUUCGAGGACACCUCUGGGGACCUCUGGAUCUUGGGAGACGUCUUCAUCAGGGUGUACUACAGCAUCUUUGACCGGGCCAACAACCGGGUUGGACUGGCCAAGGCUAUUUAGACCCACCAUGAUGCCAGUGGUGCCAUGGCUUUACCGCGCAACCGGACCGCGAUCGUGUUUAUCAAGCAGCAGGGCCUCAGUAAUGAGUGAGUCUCUCCCAUUGCUGGGGACAUCCGUGCUGGCAUAGCAAUAGGAAUAAAUUGAUCACUGACCAUUCAGA